AUGGUAAGUCAGGCGAUAAAAGGAGCUGAUCAACCACGAGCUCAAUGGUAUUGGAAAUCAAAUUCUGAUCCAUGGUCAACAAAUGGAAAUGAAGAAUGGACAAAAUAUUCUGAUAUCGAAUCAGCGAUUAUCGAAGAAGCAUUUAAUCAAAAGAAUAAAACAAAACUAGCUGAACUGGAUAAUUAUUCGAUUAACUUAAACAAUUCCAUUCAAAUCAGUAAAUCGGAUCCAAAUAAACAGCGGCAAAUAAAACGGGUUCUAACUAGUAGAAAUGAAAGUCAAGAUUCUGGAGCGGCUUUACCUCAACUAGCAAAAAUCCUCAAAAAGCCCAAAACUUCGGCAAUACUCUAUUCAUUAUCGACGCGACCGCAAACGGCGGCUUAG